ACCCUCAUCCAGUUCUUAUACACUGGAGAUGAAUCAGUUAUUACAGAUAUAUCCUGUAUUGAUGAUAUGUUUGAUCUGUAUUAUCUGGGAGACAAGUAUGAGCUGCGUGGAGCCAGGAACCUGAUCAAGGAAGUUGUCUCUAGCUUCAAGAUCAACCAGGAGAACUGGAUUCAUGUACUCAAGGGAAUCAAGAAGUACGAGAAUACUUUCCUAUUUGAAGAUCUCUGUAAUAUACUUCAGGAUCAAGUUCAAGGGUAUUUGAAGGGCUGUCCCUCUUCUGAUGAAUACCUGGAUGAUAUUCAAGAAUCUGAUGACACAGAUUUC